GUGAUCUUACAGGAUUUCAUAAUAGUCUCAGCUCACGGACAAACGGCCGGACGGACGGACGGGUACAGCGGUGUACUAUGCCAUAGCUGAUAUGAAGUUAGCCACAAUCACCUUCGUCAACCUGAUAGUUCUCUCCAGUGCUAUUAUAGGUGAUAAAGAGAAACAUGACCGGUUCAUAAUAGCGUGCCACACAACAGACUUUGAGUGCUUCAAGCGGCAGUACCGGUCGCUCCGGGACAAAGUGCUGCUGGGCAGUUUACAGUUCGCCAUCGAUUUUUACAAGCCAUACCUCUUCCGCUAUGGGGACAGCGGUACUUGCAUCAAACUCUCAGGCCUCGAGGAGAGCGAGCUCGUUGGCAUCAGCAUGGACAGCGACAGCAAGGAGUAUCUGCUGACGCUGGAGCUACCGCUGCGCAUCCAGCAGACCACCAACAAGACGGAGAUCUGUAUGAAACCCGACGUUGAGUUUAAAAAUGUCGGCCCCCACAUAGGUCCGUAUCGCAGCUUCAAUGGAAACGCAACAAUAAAAGCGACUUUCCCUUACGAGCUGCGGAAAAGAAAAGGCGACAUAUAUUUGCUGCUGAAAGAGGAAGACCUAGACGUAAUCCUCGACAUACCAGACCUGAGGCCACCCAUCCGAUUGAUGUCGAACGAAGGCGGUAGCGGCUACGAGAUAUCGGAAUGGGCGUACGAGGUGGUUGAGCACAUUGACGCGGCGCGACACUUUGCGUUACCCUACACCACCAACAUACGACUCUUCUCUUCCACCGUGCCUGUACAUAAAUACCUCUUGUUGUAUCCAGAAGAAGAAUACGCCGAUCUGAAGUUUGCAUUCUACGAUUCCGACUAAUAAACCUUAGAAAUAA